UCCAAUACUUUUCUUCUUAGCCCCAAAUUUGUCAGGUAGUAUGGCCGCUCCAAUAAAAAAAGGCAAGCAGCCCGAUGUUCGAAAUUCAGAGAAGGACCCGACUACACGCAAAAUUCGGGGAAGAACCCGACACCUUGCAUUUCUGUUUUUCAAUAUUUGUACAAAUCUCCCUCAAUCUGUCUCGCACUCUCUCACACACACACCCCUAGCAAGACUACAGUGAAGCCGGCGGCAAAGGAAACUGACAAGUGAGAAAUGCCUGGGAUUAAAGGACCCUCCGAUUAUUCGCGAGAACCCCCACGCCAUCCUUGCCUUAAAAUUAAUGCCAAGGAACCCUUUAAUGCUGAGCCAACUCGUUCAGCUCUAAUUUCAUCUUAUGUCACUCCUGUUGAUUUCUUUUACAAGAGAAACCACGGACCCAUACCAGUUGUGGAUGACAUAGACAGGUAUUCCGUUUCUCUGUGUGGUCUUAUAGAAAAUUCCAAAGAUUUGUUUAUGAAGGAUAUUUGGAAGCUUCCAAAAUAUACUGUUACUGCCACGUUACAGUGUGCUGGUAACAGAAGAACUGCUAUGAGCAAGAGUCGAACAGUGAAAGGAGUUGGUUGGGAUGUUGCUGCUAUAGGAAAUGCUGUUUGGGGUGGAGCGAAAUUGGCAGAUGUUCUCGAAUUAGUUGGAAUACCUUAUUUGACAAGUAUCACACAAUCUGGAGGAAAACAUGUUGAAUUUGUGAGCAUUGACAAGUGUAAGGAGGAAAAUGGAGGUCCUUAUAAGGCAUCAAUUCCAUUGAGUCAGGCUACAAAUCCUGAAGCUGAUGUUCUGCUCGCCUAUGAAAUGAAUGGAAAGCCACUUAAUAGGGAUCAUGGCUUUCCACUGCGUGUGGUUGUCCCUGGUGUGAUAGGUGCUCGUUCGGUUAAGUGGCUUGAUUCCAUCAAUAUCAUUGCCGAAGAAUGCCAGGGAUUCUUUAUGCAAAAAGACUACAAGAUGUUUCCACCAACAGUGAACUGGGAUAACAUCAACUGGUCUACUAGGAGACCGCAGAUGGACUUCCCUGUUCAGAGCGCAAUAUGUUCCCUGGAGGAUGUGAGUGUUAUAAAGCAUGGAAAGAUAACCAUCAAGGGGUACGCAGUAUCAGGAGGUGGGCGUGGCAUAGAAAGGGUAGACGUGUCUAUAGAUGGUGGUAAAACUUGGGAGGAAGCCACCAGAUACCAGAGAACUGGUAUUCCAUAUAUUGCUGAUGAUUCAAGUAGUGACAGAUGGGCAUGGGUCUUUUUUGAAGCUGAGGCAAAUAUUCCACAGAGUGCGGAAAUAGUUGCUAAAGCGGUGGAUAUAUCUGCAAAUGUUCAACCUGAAAGCGUAGAUUCUGUCUGGAAUCUGAGAGGAAUCCUGAACACCUCAUGGCAUCGGGUUCAAGUCCGAGUUGGUCAAGCAAAUCUUUAGGCUGUGUUUCAUGUGUUGAGCUGGUGACAGUAUUCAGCAUCACAGACCAUAAUUGUUUGUAUCUUCCUAAGCUUAAAGUGAAAAUAACAUGGUGGUUUGUAUCUUCCUAGCUUAAAGUGAAAAUAACAUGGUUGUAUGUUUCUCCCUAGAUUAAAAUGAAAAUAACAUGUUUCCUUGAUGUCUCAAAAUAACAAUGGAAAUGACAAUAAUUUGAAGGUGAUUGCAUCUUGA